AUGUACUGUUUCCUUAGGGCUUUGGGAAGCACAGCAUUAUUUGCAGGCUCACGAUCCAGCCUUCUUCCAAAAGCUUUGAUGUUUGCAAUGGAUCAUCCUAACACAACACAGUCCAUGCCGGCUGUUGAAAAUUCUGGCUCUGUUGCUUCCCUGCCUGAAAAGAAUGGACGUAGUGGCAAUGAAUACUUUUAUAUCCUGAUUGUCAUGACCUUCUAUGGAAUCUUUUUAAUGGGAAUCAUGGUAGGCUAUAUGAACUCCAAGAGGAAAGAAAAAAAAUCUAACUUGCUGCUGCUCUACAAAGAUGAGCAGAGGAAAUGGGGACAAGCUGUAAAGUCUCUGCCAACAGUAUCAGGACUGAGGUCUGUCCAGUUUCCAAUGAUGAUCAGUAUGCUACAAGACAGCAUGGUACCAGCUUUUUCCUGCACCUUGUGUUCUGUGGAGGGAAGCAGUGAAUCUUCCUUGCCAGAUGUUCACCUCACUAUUGAAGAAGAAAUGCCUAUUGAUGAACUAGGAGAAUCAACCGAAAUAGCCCUGCUCAAGGACAGUAGUGAAGGUUCUUCAGAAACCAUCCAUCAACAUUCCUAGCAUUUCCAGGCUCUGAAGACCUUUUGAAAAAUU